UCUGUUCUUACGUAGAUUAUGUCCACGGUGCAUACGAACCGUGGGCAGUAACUCCCGCAGCAGGUGCACAAGCGCGUCGUGAGCGACCUCCAUGCGAAAGGAUCACAAUGGAGAGAAAUUUGAGAUGGACGAGCAUGCGGAGUGCUCCAUCUCGUACGCUGCGGCUUUCAUCGACUCCGCAAUUUUCGAUUCUGAUCGCGUUGCUGCACAUUGCCGCAGUUUCUGUUGCAGGGGAGCCUGAAUCUCCAGCUGCUCACUCUGAAUGCUUAACCAUGGUUCCCACGCCAGUCUUGACACCCUUCAUAGUAGAACUACCCAGAAUACCAUCGAUUGAUGUUUCCACGGGUGUUCCAUUAACUCUGGGCGCGUAUAAGAUUUCUCAGAGUGUGCAUCCUGAACUCCCGAACACAACCUUCUAUGGCUUCGGGACCAGUCAAGCCACGGCAACAGCUCCAGGACCAACUCUCGAGGCGAAGAGGGAUGUGGCCACGUACAUAACCUUUGAAAACCAUAUCACAGACGCACAUCAUUUGUUCAUGGUCGACCCGACCAUUCACCGAGCUGAACCACCGAGAGGGGGCGUCCCGAUGACUGUCCAUCUGCACGGGGGCGAGACGGAGAGCAAGUAUGAUGGACACCCAGAGUCCUGGUUCACUGCUGCCGGUGACACAGGGCCGACAUUCAUCACCAGAGACCACAUCUAUCGGAACCAGCAGCCUGAAACUCUGCUCUGGUACCAUGAUCACACCGUGGGUGUCACUCGCCUCAACAUAGUGGCGGGGCUUUUCGGUCUGUAUUUUAUACGAAAUGCGCAGGAGCCUGAUUUUCUGCCUUCGGGAGGGUACGAAGUGCCUCUCGUGAUCCAGGACAAGCAGUUCUUUUGGAAUGGCUCCAUCAACUUCCCGGACAUUACUUACGACGCCGCAGUGAGCGGCGUGCCAAACUGGUGCCCGGCUUACAUGGGCGAUGUGAUUCUGGUCAACAACAAAGCGUGGCCUUACAUGAACGUCGUGCGAGGGAUCUACCGAUUUCGGAUUAUUAAUGCGGCAAAUGCUCGAACAUUUGCCCUCUUCCUCAGUGAUAGCAGAGUGAAGUUCGUGCAGAUAGGCACGGAUGGUGGCUACCUGUGGAAUCCCAUGGUCCUGGACCAGAUCCUCCUCCCCAACGCCUUUCGAGUGGAUGUCCUCGUGGAUUUCAGGUCAGUGCCUGUUGGGACUACCAUCUACCUGAACAAUUCAUAUCGCGAGCUCCUUCCGGCGGAAAACGUACCCUCCGCUUAUUAUAUCAUGAAAUUCAACGUCGUCAGCAAUGUCGAGGGGUUGGCCCCUCAGGAGAAUGUUUACAUUCCCACUUCAAUGGGCACAGCUCCGGACAUCUCUUCCUUGGUCAACAAUGCCAGGAUACACAGAAAAAUGACAUUGGAAGUCAGUCCGAUUCCUGGUACUACCCCGACACUAAACCAGGAACACUGGACUGAUCCAGCGUCAGAAUAUACUGAGCUCUUCAGCAGUGAGGUCUGGGAUCUGAUUCACUUUGUUCGAUUCAGUAAUCAUGUCAUCCACAUUCACCUCGUCAAUUUCCUCGUAGUUCAUUUUCAGACCUUCGACUUACCUCGAGCUUUGGUCGGCAAUUGCACCUUUGACCGUCCAUACAAACAUCCAGAUAGUUGCUUUACAGACUAUCCUCAGCCUCCGAGGCCUGCGGAAAGGGGAUGGAAGGACACCAUAAAUGUGCAGAGUUACCAUGUGGUAAGGAUUGUGUUUCCAGUUAUUCCUCGCAAGGGUGGUUCCUAUCCUUUCGAUCCGACAGCCUUCCCUGGAUACCUUUGGCACUGUCACAAGAUCGAUCACGAGGACCACGACAUGAUGAGGCCUCUGUUCAUGUCGUAUCCACCGGCCUCCGGAACCAGCUUAAGAGAAAAUCUUGUACCCGGCGAUGUAGAUCAUCGGAGCACAUCAUCGUCCAACAAUUCUGGAGAGCUGAAUGUCAUUGAAGACCUUGUCUUAUCGUCAGAGUAGACGAUGAGGCAGACUUCAUCAGGUGACGGUGGUCCGAAGGGAUCUCGCGAUCUCUAUGUACCGAGACCCUCCUGCUCACCCUGGUUCGUUACCGUGCAGUAAAGUUUGCUGGGUUUACCCUCGCGAAACUUCCGAAGACUCUUUUCGAAGACUAUGACGAUGGCAGUCCGUCUGGAAGCUCUGGGCGCUAAAUUCUUCAUGCACCUUCUUUUUGCACCGAGCUCUUUCACUUGCAGGUGCAAAAAUCAUGCUGCACAUGUCUCAUGUCCUGAUGUUCCUGAUGCAGUCAUGGGUUCUUUGACAGUUUGUUGGGUUUCCUAUGCGUACUCAGGAGAGUAACUUCUUCCACUUCUGUUCCUUCAGGAUGGGAUUCUCCGGCUCAGUCUGGGGUUGUACAUUUUAUUCUUACCAGGAGGCUGAACAUACCGAUAAUUAAUAUGAGAAGUACUAUGUUCUGCGAUUGCUAUGUGUGUUUCUAUGGCUUGACAUAACGUUUUUCGAGGGAGGGGGACAUGUGUUUAUUCAGGACCAAGGACAAUGCUGAACUUCCGAUAAAAAUAAGCAUCAUCUCAAUAAGAACUUGCAACGCGAUGUACUUAACUACAAUCAGCAAAUCAUGAAAUGAGGUCCUUAAGCUCUCUGUGU